AUGCCACGUAAGCUACGUAAGAAUAUACGUAAGAGGAAGGGAGCAUUGAAACAUCCAAUAGUAAAACUGACACCACAACAACAGUUGCAACAACAAAUGAUGAAUGACCCCACUAUGUUGCAACAAAUGUCAAGCAACCCUAUGCUUUUAAACCGAGUUAUUGGUGCACAGAGUGGAGGUUUAAGAGCGGCACUUUUAGCGAAAAUGGCAGGCUAUGGUGGAGCUGCAGACGGAACAGCUUAUAACCCUCAAAGUCAAAUGAAUUUGAGUUCACUCAAAAAUCAAAUAACAGAUGUCAAAAAGUCAAACAUAGACAUACAGAAACAAAUAAGUGAAAACGAAAAGAAACUAGAAUAUGACAGACACACAAAGAAAACUCAAUGA